CACGUUAAAUUCGUACAAAUCUUCGAUUGGCCCAUCGAUUCACUUUAAACAUGCUAAUGGCCUGUUCUUGAAGAACACUUUUGAUUCGAUUCCUGAUUUGAUUACCAAUUUUUGCAAAACACACAGUGUGCAAUCAAUUGAAGAGCUUCACAGUUCGAACAAUAUCUCAACCGAUCCUCUGAAUAUAUCCAUCAAACCACCUCUGCAACUUGGUGAUGCAAGAGCAAGAAGGAAAAAAAAGAACGAGUGCGAAUUUGAAUUGAAUUGUGCGGCUACGGCAUUUUUCCAUCGAACAUCGUCAGAAAGAGUUUUUUUUUUUCGUUGUUGUUAUUGUUGUGGUGUUGGUGAAGUACAAUAUAUGUCUGUGUAUUUCUUGAAAAGAAGUUGAGGAAGAAGAAGAAAAACACACACAACAACAACAACAACAACAAGAACUACGAUGAGAGAAAAAGAGAAAGAGUGUUAUUAUUAUAUGCAGAACUAAAACAAAAUAAAGAGACUGAAACGAAGCACCGUCACCUCCACACGCAUACACAUAUACAUACACAGAGAGGUAGAUAGAGUGAAUCGUUCACGAAAAGCAUCCAAAUAAAAAGAUAGUAAGAGUUGAAUACACUUCAACCGAAAAUAUAAAAAAGAGAAGAAAAAAAUAAAAUAAACGACGUCGAAGAAAAAGAAGCGGCAGUGCUACAGCGACAUAUAUACAGCAAGGGGCAGCACACAAAACACAACACACAAUUGUAGCAAAAACACACAUAACACACAGAGAGAAGAACACACGACUGAAACGACCAAAUCGAACGAACGAACGAACCAACGUACGUACGAAACGACGAGGCAACACACCAACGGAACGAACCGAACCAAAAAAAUCCACAGACGACGACAGUGAUGCUGAUGAAAUUACCGAUUACUUGAACACAACCACCACCAGCGAAAAUAACAAGAACGAAGCGACAUCGUCGUCGCUAUUGUCGUCGUCAUCAUCAACAAUACUACAACAACCAAUCUAUUCGCAUUCGACAUUAAGUACGGAACGAGACUUGAACAACAGCAGCAGUAGCUGUAGCAGCAGCAGCACAAACUCAAUUCAUCAUAACAAUCACGUCGGGCUAAAGAAAACUUAUGCAGGUUUAACUUCAGCUACGAAAAUGCUUCCGCAUUCACAGAUACAUCAGGCGUCGCCGCCUCAACAGGAUCAACAACAACAGCAUAAUUACCACAUAAACAACAAUAUGGUGCCAAUAAUUAGCGUAACACCACACAGUCCUGGCACUAAAUUUAACAAUAUUUUAGAGGAUACAUUGAAUCAUCUGCAGAAUAUUCGCGAAAGUGUAGUUCAAAUGAAAAAUUCAACAUCGUCGUCACAUCAUAACCACCAUCAUCAUCAUCAUCAGUAUUAUAUGGCAUCAGGUCUAAUAAAUCCAGCGUUGAGUGCAUCACGUUUGUUUUCGUCGUGUCCAUCGCUACCGGAUUUGACGGCGGCUGGUAACAAUGGCAUUUGGCCAACGCAACAAACAAUCGGCUUAAACAAUGAUCGCCGUAAAUCAUGGACAGCCAUUGAAGAUUUAACGAUCGAAUGUGGAAAAAGCUCACAUAAAAGUGUUAGUCUAUCGAGUCUUGAUAGUGAAGAGCAGGAAUCGUUACGAGCUGAACGGCUACACAAUCGGAGCAGUCGAAAUAGUACCGGUGGCAUAUCAACACAUUCACUGAAUGAAGCCGAAUUAGCACGUGAUUUUGAACGUUUGAAUUUGAAGCGAAAUCUUGUGCCACAAAUACCAUGCAAUCGAAUGCCAUUGCAAAAAAGUAUAUCGACACCAUCGAUAGCGCCGGCUCGCAAUCAAAGCGCUAAAGAAGAGAAUACCGUGCCAACAUCCCGACACCUCUCGGACAGUGAAGAUGACAAUCUUCAAGAUGACCGUUCACUGCUCUGUGUACGCGAUAAAAUUGAGGUGUAUGCUGAUCAUCCGCAAAAGCCAACGAAACGGCCAUCGCUAUUCUUCCGCAAGAAGAAGAGUAGCAAAUCAAAAAGUAAGGGGCAAUCAACAAAUUGUGACGGCUGUGGUGCUGUAAUUAAUUUAGCCACUUAUAAGGACCACGCGUCGGAAUGCAAAGCCAAAUUGACUAAGAGCCAACAGAAUAGCAAAAGCUCCAGCAAAAAAACCUCAAAUAGCAGUCAUCACAAUUCGCAAAUUGAUGACCAAGGCCGUGAUUAUUAUGAUGGACAUUCGCACAAUAAUGAUCAUGCAAACUAUUCCGAUGAGUCACCGUUAAUUCCGAAUGAGUUUUUGCACGAGCCACACAUCACAGCUCAGGAUUUGGGUGGUGAACCAAUUUUGGGGCUUAUGAAUGAAAAUGAAAGUGAUCUAUGGAUUCAAUAUGUUCCUUCGCAAGUUAAGCGAGCAAUAAAGGAAAAACAACAAGUGGAACGGCAAGAGUGUAUCUACGAGUUUAUAAUGACGGAAAAGCAACACUGCCAAAAUUUAUUAUUGAUCCAAAAAGUGUUUGUCGAAAGUCUGGAACGGCAUUUCAAUUUGUUGAACAGAGACCGCCUUUUUCCACGUUUAACCGAUUUAACGGAACUUCAUACCGGAUUUCUAAAGAAGUUACGAAAUAAACAAAGGGAAAACUAUGUUGUUGAUAGCAUAGCCGAUAUAAUGGUUGAUUUCUUUUCGAAUCAAUCGGAGAAGCUGAUCAGCGCAUACGGCGAAUACUGUUCGAAUCAUAAUACCGCAUUGAAUACAAUCAAAAACUUUCAAACGGGUGAUCAACGAUUCUCCGAAUGGUAUAAAUAUAAAGAGUCGAAUCCGUUGCUCAAACGGAAAGGUUUAAAUGGGUUCACGUUGUCGGUGUCGCACCGUUUAACCAAAUAUCCCAUUUUGAUUGAUGCUCAAAUCAAGAAAAUCGGCAGCGAUGACGUUGAACGGGGCAAAUUGGAGGAGGCCAAGCGGCUGAUCAAAGAGAUUUUAGACGAUGUAAAUGCAUGCGUUGCUGAACGAAUGAAAGAGGAUCGACGAUUGGACAUUUUCAAACGAAUCGAUGCCAAAUCAACGAUCAUGUUCAAAAAUAAUAAAUUCCGCAAGUCUGAUAUCGUGGACGCGAGCCGCAAAUUGAAGUUCGAAGGGUUGGCAACAUUGGUAACGCCACGUAUCAAAUCACUGGAAACACCAGUUACGGUCGUUGUUCUAACCGAUUGUUUGCUCUUUUUGCAAGAGCAAAAUCAGAAGUAUACAUUUUUUGCACCCGACACCAAGGCCGGCGUUGUGUCGCUGCAAAAGUUGUUGAUUCGGGAAAAGGCGGGCGAGUCAAGAAGCAUUUACAUCAUAUCAACUGAUAUCAAUUAUCCGGAAAUGUACGAAUUGAAAGUACAACAACCAAAAGACAAAACCGAAUGGAUCAAAACGAUUCGAGCGGCCGUUCAGGAGUGCCCAUUUGAGGAAUCCGAACCGGAUGACCAUUCACGUGCUGAACAAAGGCAAAAGAAUUUGGAUGCAAAACACGCAAAUAUUAGGGAACUCAUCGAAAAAAUGCGUAUGAAGGACAUUGAGCAAGCGCUUUUGCUGGAGGAUAAGGUUCGACUACAUGCAAAUUAUCUGCUGGAAUCGGGCGCACGAAACAUUUCCGAACCGGAUUCAGCUGAAGCAUUUUUGACCAAUUGCGGAUCGUACAAAGACCUCGUGACCGAUAACUGUGAUAAUGUGGAAAUUUGCCGACGAAUAUUUCACACCAUACAAGAAACCAGCCAGUUGGCAUCGAAUUUGCACAAAGCGGCCACCGGCUACGAACUACCAUCGCGUUCAUUUAGUUCGGUCGGCGAACGGCACAGCGACCAAUAUCAGUCACCAAAGUUACCAACUCGUGCUGAAACAUUCGGUGGUUUUGAUGAACGUCGUCAGAAGCAGCAGCAACAACAGUUACACCAUCUACAUCACUAUCAUCCACCAGCACCACCACAACCAGCAGCAUCGGCAAAUCAACAGCCAUCAACAAAUCAAGCAGCAGCAUCGGCGGCACCACCGGAAAACUGGCAUGAUGCUAUUAUUUCUACCAUAAAUAACACGACAAUAAGUUUACACAAUCAGGAAAAACGAGACUCAUGUUCAUGGGGUGAGACUGACACAUCAAUUACAUCGUCGAAUUCAACUGCCACACGUAGCGUCAAUGCAAACGCCAACAAUAGCAACAGUUCGAUGCACAAGGAUAUCAACUAUGAGGCUCUGCAGGCGUCACAUAAUCUAUAUGGACUAUUGGCCAUAAUCAACCAACAGAUGACCACAAUUGCCAGCCUAAAUUCACAGUUGAAUGCACACCGUGAAAAUCCGAAGUCAAUGUAUCGACACAAUGAUCAAUUGGAGGAGUUGCGUAACUUACAGGAUCGUUUACAAGAUGAGAAAACGGAAUGGUUGAAGCGUCGCGAACAGGAGGAACGCGAUUUGGCCGAUCAAAAAAGUGAACUGGAAUCGUUGAAGACAAAAUUACGGGCCGAACAAAUUGAUAUCGGGCAACAGCGUGAUGAAUUACACAAGAAAAUGCAAAUCCUAUCGAACCAGGGCAUAUUGUCAUCGUCGAAUGUGGCAUUGUCACCCACCUCAAUCGUAUGUAGCAGCAGUGAUGAUGCUGGCCAUCAGUCACCGCACGCCAAUAUUGGAGCGAGCUGUAGCAAUUUAACGGUCGACGAUCACACCGAUAUGGGUGGAUCGAAUAGCCUGAGCGCCGAACAUCGGCGCAAGGACAAAUGGAGAUCAGCUAGCAUAUCGAAGACGCCUCCAGUACACUUGCACAGCGCAACCAACGCAUCCAAAGUCAACCAGUCACAUAUGAAACAACAGCUGCCCAUGAAAUUGUCAUCAAACUCAAGCACAAAAUCUGAAAAAUCCGUAUCAACUAAUUCACUUGCAUCACCUCCCAACAGCAGCUCUAACGGAGCUGGAUGUAUGGUUACACAACUCUUACCACUAAAAUUAGCCGAUAAAAAACAAGGCCAAGUGAUAACACCAAAUCAUUCAAGAACCGGCAGUAGCCCAGCCGUUAUACAACAGUUUAAUAUGACACCAUCUGGAAAUCCAGCAACACGAACAAAUACUUAUCCCAAAUUACCCGAUCGUUAUCGUCUUCGGAGCUCCGAUGGUUAUGAACCGAAACCCAAUCACACAGCAGAGCAUGAGCAACAGUCGAUUUACAAACGCAUCGGUCAAUCGUAUCACACAUCGCCAGCAUCUUCAACCGCAUCAUUAUCACCAAACUCAACAACAGCAUCUCAACAAAUUCAACGCAAUGUCAACGAUACACCAACAUCAUCCAUUGGCAACAACUACGCGCGGCAUAAACCACAGGAAACUGCCAACUCCAGCAAAAAUACACAAGACUUUCGUUCUUCGGUGCAAAAUCCAAAGGAAGAGGAGAUUUAUUUUUGACCCCAGCUUGAGGUGCAAAUUUAAGGCGGCAACAAAUCGAGAAACGUUAAUAUAAUAACAAGACAGUGAAACACGCAAAAUACAUAUUCCAGAAUAGUUAGUAGUGCUCUCAAAAAGAAAAAAGAAUAAAAAUAAACUAAAUAAAUAAAUACUUAGCAGAAUAGUCACUUUAGGAUUAUGAACAGUUUAUAAUGAAAGCCUCGUGACUGAUGACACCAGUCACACACUAAGUAUUUAUUAUUUCCUUUCCACUGAACUGUAUUCAUGGUGGUCAUACGACACGAACAGCAACAAAAAUUACUACAAGCAGAAAGAAAUUAAACUAUUUAGAUAAUACAAAAUGAAAUUAUUUAUUUUCUCUACCGUGUUUUCGUUAUCGUGAUUUUUGUUACAAAAUAUUCUCAAAUCAAAGUUGAAAUUCUUUUUGUAGUACCGAGCCGAUAGAAAUACAUGAAAAACAGACAAAAAAACUGUGCGGCGACUUCAAAUUGUUUCUAAGUGCUCAAUAUUAUAGAUGACAAAAAAAAAACAAA